UGCAGGAUUCGCUCACCUGCAACUCGCUCCCGUCCCAAUAAUCCCACCUCCCUUCCACAACUCACGAUCAGAGAGACCAGGCGACGGCGGCGGCGGCCAUGGAGGGAGACGUGGGCAAGAGGGCGCUAGAGUGCAUCCUCAUGCCGGCCAUGUUCGCCGCCAAGACCGUCCGGGCCCAGCGCGACCGCCUCCUGCACCUCCGCCGCCGCCUGCAACGGAGCCCCACCGGGCCCGUCUCCGUCCAGGACCUCGCCGCCGAUCUCUUCAAGGUCUACUCCACGGGCCUCACGCGCGGCGCUGGGUACCUCAACGGCUGCCUCGAGCUGGCCUACGACAACGACGCCGACCUCGCCUUCUGCGACCCCGCCUUCGCCUUCGUGCCCGACGAGCAGCUCUACGAGACCCUCUUCGCGCACCGCCUCCGCCCGCGCCCGACCACCCAGACCGAUGCCUUCGCCCGCAUCGAGGUCGCCUACUACGCCGUCAACCUCGCCCUGCGCUACCACGUCCCGCGCUGCGUCGAGCUCCUCGUCGGCGUCCGCCCGCCCUCCGCCGCCACCCACAGCAAGGCGGACGACCGCAUGGUCGGCUACGCGGACGACACGCUCGCCGCCGCCACCGACCACAUCUUCAGGACCCGCCUAGCCGGCAUGCCCCGCCCGGACCCCGACGUCCCCAGGACCCGACCCCGCUUGUUCAACCGUACCCUGGACCCGGCCCAAGCCCCCGCCGCCGCCGCCGCCCCCGCUUGGGAGCCCCCUCAGGUGGUGGCCACCAGCAACGACCCGGACCAGGCGCUCAGCUACCUCCACCGCGCCUGCUCCCUCGCCAGCCUCGCCGUCAAGCACAUCGACGCCGCCGUCGCCCUCAUCUCCACCUUCCUCGACCCCAAGGACGUCGCCGAAACCGCCGAAAUGGCCGACGAAGACGCAUACAUCUCUGAGGACGGACCGUAUCCAUCAGAUUAACCUGAUCGAGGCUGGCAAGCGAUAGAAGGGGGCGGAAAGGAUCCCAUUACAUUGUUAAUUGAAGCCAAGCUCGUUUAAUUUGUCUAUGCUCUCUAGUUCAUCCAACUUCAUAUAAUUUCCGUUCAAUUUAGACUAUUUUGCUGCAUGCUACUAGUAUCUUUUUUUAGGGCAAUUACUGCUACUAUCAAAGAUAAUUUCUGGACGGCCGUGGCUAUCCUCGCUUCAUUACCGAUAAAAUCUACUAGGGCUAUACUGUAAUGCCAUUUCUGCAUCUUAUUGGACGACCGUUUCGAAUUGCAGCAAAACUGGAAA